AUGUUCUUGACAAUUAAAACAGAUUAUGGACUCAUCAAUACACAUACUCUGAUUGAUUCAGGGUGUACUGGAUCAUACAUAAAUGUAGGUUUUGUCAAGAACAACAAGUUAACAAUAUAUCCUUUUAAGAAUCCCUUCCUAGUCUUUAAUACUAAUAGUACAAGUAAUGAUGGAGGUCUCCUAAAGGACUAUGUUGAAGUGGAACUCUCUGUUAAAGUGUAUACAGAGACAAUUUGUCUGGCAGUCACUACACUAGUAUCUAGUAAUAUCUUUCUAGAAUAUGAUUGGUUAAACAAGCAUAAUCUGGAAAUUGAUUGGGGACAAGGUAUUGUGUCCUUUACUAGAUGUCCAGACAGUUGUUCCAUGUCCUUGAAUGAAGCAGAGACGUAUCCAGAUGUCCCAGAGUACUUAAGGAGAACUGAUGAUGAUCCUACCCUGGUUUUUACAAUCCCUUACUAUCUUGAAGUAUACAAGGAUGUAUUCAGUAAAGAAUCCUUUGAGCAGUUACUAGAGCAUUAA